GAAAGAAGCUCGACAAUGGGAAUGAAUUCAUACACUUGUUAUAAGGUUCAAGAAAUCAGGCAUUACAUUAAUUUAUAAUAAUAAUAAGAAUGUAGAAACACAUUCACUCAAGAAGUUAAUCAAGGCAAUAUGACCCUUCAAGCUACAUCACCAAUUUAUCCAGCUGAUGCAACUGUACCCUAGAUGGCCACCAAUCAAAAACAGCAACAACAGCAAAGAAAAGAGGAAUAUAUUAAUGGAACCCUAUAGCUAUCUCAACUGUUAGCUUACAUCUGUAACUUCAAUUAAAUGUGUUUUGUGAGUCCAAUAAAUAGCUAACACACCAUAACAUAUGAUCAUUGAUAGAUUUGUAUCUAUUGUCAAACAUUUGUUGGUUUUCUAUCCUUGAGAAAAGAGAAACAAAAGAAUAGAAGAUAAUGAAGUUUCUUCCUGUCUCUAUUUUGUUGCUUCUUUUAUUAGGCAACAGUUUGUUUCCUCUGAAUUAUGCAGUUCCUUCCAUAAGUCUGCCUAACGAUAGAAAGGUUCCAGCAGUUUUUGUAUUUGGAGAUUCCAUUGUUGAUACAGGCAACAACAACUAUAUCAAAACUAGUGCUAAAUGCAACUUCCCACCUUAUGGGAGAGACUUCAUUGGUGGAAAACCAACUGGAAGAUUUAGCAAUGGAAGGGUCCCUUCCGACCUUAUAGCUGAAGCAUUAGGAGUAAAGAAAAUCUUGCCGGCAUAUCUUGAUCCAAAUCUGCAGCUUCAAGACCUCCUCACUGGAGUAUGCUUUGCCUCCGGCGGCAAUGGCUACGAUCCAAUUACAUCAACACUAGCGCCUGCGUUUUCCUUGUCCGAUCAAUUAAACCAGUUCAAAGAAUACACACAAAAGAUAAAAUCAGCUGUCGGAGAAGAAAGAAGUGCAGCGAUAUUAUCCAAAAGCGUCUUCGUAAUCUGCACAGGAGCCAACGACAUCGUCAAUAAUUAUUUUACUCUUCCUUUCAGAAGACUGCACUACGAUGUGAAUUCUUAUGCUGAUUUCUUGGUCAACUCGGCUUCAAGUUUUAUCCAGGAACUAUAUGGACUUGGAGCAAGAAGAUUUGGAGUGAUGAGUUUACCGCCAAUAGGAUGUGUGCCAUCACAAAGAACAGUUCGUGGGGGCAUACAAAGAGAGUGUUUCAAGGAAGCAAAUCAAGCAGCAGUCAUCUUCAAUUCCAAGCUCUCCUCAGCUCUUCUUUCUCUCAAUUCUACACUUCAUGAUGCUCUUGUUAUCUAUCUUGAUGUCUACAAUCCAUUGCUUUCCCUCAUUCAAAAUCCUGCUAAAUAUGGGUUUAAUGUGGGAAAUAAAGGAUGCUGUGGCACAGGAAAGAUAGAGGUGACAUACCUUUGCAAUAGCUUUGAUGACCCAUUAACCUGCAAAGAUGACACCAAAUACGUUUUCUGGGAUAGUUUCCAUCCUACAGAAAAGGCCUAUGAGACCCUUGUCACUAUUGUCCUCAACAAGGCUGGCAGUCUGUUCUGAAUUCAUUGUUAGCCCCUCACAUUGAUGAAAUUAUUAUUUAAUUGGGAAGAUAAGCAUCCUAUAUACAUUGUGUUUUGGUAUGUUGAAAAUAAUAAUGUAACCUAAACAUGUUUUGAUUGCAUAUUUCUCUAGCUGAUUUUAAGUGGAAAUGCAUGACAUCAAUCAAUAUAUGAAAAGUAUAAGAUGAUU